UUUAAAUUUUGGAACAUGGAAUGUGUGCAACAGCUGGGAAUGUUUGUCCCCACACUCUCCAGUGCAACUCGUCUUCCUCUCUCUUCAAAACAACAAGUAGCCGGCAAGCCAGAGGCUUUUCUUCACUUCUCUCUCCACACUCUCACUCUACUUUCUCUCUCUAAGAUUCUUGUUCCUCAACCAUUUCUAGAGAGAGAAACAAUGGAGAAAGCACUUACCAAAGUAGGGAGCAUUAAGUCUGCCGCAGGAAGCUUCUGGAUUACUAAGAAGGCCAAGGAAGAACUCGUUGACAUCUCCCAAGAACUCUCUGCAGUCUCAAAUGUAGUAGAAGAGAAGGCAAAAUGGUUAUUCAACAAAUUAAAGGGAAAGCCUUCAAAAAGCUUACCUGAACUUUUGAGAGAGUACAACCUACCAACAGGCCUCUUUCCCGAGAACAUAACUUGCUUUGAGUUUGACGAGACAAAAGCAAAGCUAAUAGUAUACUUACCCCACCCUUGCGAGGUGAGUUUUAAGGACUCAACAGUUAUGAGGUAUGCUACACGAGUCAAAGCUAUCCUGCUGAGAGGCAAGAUGAUGGGCAUUGAGGGAAUGAAGACCAAGGUCUUGGUGUGGGUUAAGGUUGUAAGUAUGGGUGUUGAGGGCACCAAAUCUGACAAAGUAUGGAUAACCGCAGGAGUGAAGAAAUCUAGACCUAGAGAUGGUUAUGAUUCCCCUCAUUUUGCUCGUAGAGUAGAAGAUUUUUAAGCUUGUAGGUUCCUUAAAUUUAACCAUUGUAUGGCCAAGCAAAUGAUUUUGGUCUAUAAUUCUCUAAUUCUUCAAUCCCCACGUUGUACGAAAUGUUGGUGCUUCACAAUAUAUAUAAUUAUAUGAUCUCGUUCUGGAUUCCUCAUC